AUGUCUGUAACAGAUUGGUCUCUGCUUUCAUUACUUUCAUCAUCUAUUGAACAAUGUAAAUCAAUUGAAUUUAUGCCAUUAACAUCAACUGAUGAAUAUACAGUCUAUUGUCAUUGUGAAGAAAAUAUUUAUUUAUGUUUAAAUCUUUAUGAAAUAAAACCAAUUGUUAAUUUAUGUUAUUCAUUUAUAUUUUCAAAACAUUAUCAAGAUAAUUCACAAUUAAAUAUUUUAACACGUGUUUUACUUUGUUAUGUAACUGAAUGUUUAACAAGUUGGAAUAUACGUCGACGUUUAGUGUUAUCGAAUGUAAUAAAUAUUCAAGAUGAACUUCAAUUUUUGGAAGUUCUUUUGCAUUUAAAACCUAAAAGUGAACAAUUAUUUCGAUAUAGACGUUGGAUAUUAAAACAAGAAAAUAUUAAUAAUAUAUCAAUUAAUAAAGAAUUAGAAAUAUGUGAUCGAACAGCUGAAUUACAUAUUAUUAAUUAUGCAUCAUGA